AUGAUUUGGGAGCCUACUCAAGAGGCUUACCAGCUGACUCUUCUCGAUAUUCGGCACUUCCUUCACACGAAUGCUUACCCGCUCGCGUCUCUUGGCCAUGCCGCCUGGAUUCUGCGUCAUUAUAGCUACCGCGCUGUCUUUAUCUGGGGAUUACUGCUUUAUGGUAUUGGUGCCCUCCUCGCUAUCCCCGCCAUCCUGCACCAUUCAUUCGCCGGCUUCUGCAUCUGCAUCUUUAUAAUUGGCAACGGCCUCGGAUCGCUAGAGACGGCAGCCAAUCCGUACAUUACUGUCUGUGGGCCUCCGAAAUUCUCCGAGAUCCGUAUCAACAUCUCCCAGGCAUUCAACGGCAUCGGAACGGUCGUCGCACCGGUUCUAGGCUCAUAUGUCUUCUUUAAGUUCGAUGACAAACGGGCGUUACAGAAUGUGCAAUGGGUCUAUCUUGCAAUCGCGUGUUUCGUUUUUCUCCUAGCAAUUGUGUUCUUCAUGUCCUCAAUCCCCGAGAUUACAGAUGCCGAUAUGGCUUUUCAAGCAGAGGAGACACAUGCAGGCGAAAGCAGCCAGCCUUUCAGAAAGCAGUAUCGCCUCUUCCACGCAGCUUUUGCUCAAUUCUGCUAUACGGGUGCCCAAGUUGCAAUUGCCGGAUACUUCAUCAAUUAUGUACAUGACACUCGAAAAGGCACACCGGACUCGACUGCCUCGCAAUUUCUUGCUGGUGCUCAAGGAUCUUUCGCCCUCGGACGAUUUGUUGGCGUUGGCAUAAUGCAUUUCGUGAGGCCACGUUGGGUGUUUGGUGUCUUCUUGACCAUGUGCAUUGUCUUUAUUGCGCCAGCAAUCACGCAAAGGGGAAAUACUGGAAUGUCUAUGCUCUAUGUGACUCUGUUCUUUGAGUCCAUUUGCUUCCCAACAAUUGUUGCUUUGGGCAUGCGUGGUCUCGGUCGACAUACUAAGCGUGGCUCGGGUUUUAUUGUUGGCGGUGUUCUGGGAGGCGCUUGCGUGCCGCCACUCACUGGUGUUGCCGCUGAUGCUCACGGAACAGGUCUUGCGAUGGUCGUCCCACUAUGCUUUUUCGUAGCGGCUUGGACAUAUGCCCUAGCGGUGAACUUCUGGCCGUGGUACAGAGACACUGCUGACGCAUUCACGACUACCGAGCUUGGCUUGCAAGGACCCCAUGAUGGUGUUGUUGAUGAGGAGACGGCUUCUGGUUUGCGUGCCGAUGACGAAAAGACAGUGCCUAUCUCUGAGCAGAAGGAUUAA